CAGGCUGACAACAACAUGGAGCAACCAUUCACUGUCAGCUCAUUGAGAAAGCUCGUAGCCAUUCCUGACCACACAGACAUCUCUGUGAGCCCAGAGGAGAGAGUACGUGCUUUAAGCAAGCUUGGCAGCAAUAUCACAAUCAAUGAGGACAUCACUCCACGGAGAUACUUCAGAUCUGGAGUAGAGAUGGAGCGAAUGGCGUCGGUGUACAUGGAGGAGGGAAACCUGGAGAACGCCUUUGUGUUUUAUAAUAAAUUCAUAACGUUGUUUGUAGAAAAGCUGCCCAGUCACCGAGACUAUCACCAAUGUGCAGUACCAGAAAAACAAGAUAUUAUUAAGAAAUUGAAGGAGGUUGCAUUUCCACGGACAGAUGAACUGAAAAGAGAUCUUUUAAAAAAAUAUAACUUAGAAUAUCAAGAAUACAUGCAACACAAAAACAAAUGUAAAACUGAAUUUCUGAAGAAAUUAGAGCACCAAAAACUAAUAGAGGCAGAGAAGAGACGAAUCGCACACAUGCGGCAGCAGCAGCUCGAAUCGGAGCAGUUUCAAUUCUUUGAGGAUCAGCUUAAGAAGCAAGAACUAGCUCGAGAUCAGAGAAUCAAAGAGAGUGUGGUUAUGUCUGAACAGAUAGAUGGAAGUAUGCUGUCUUGUGUUUCUGUGCCAGAGAACAGCUCCUUAUCUGCGGCGCUGCUGGAGAAAAAAGAGAGAAGCGGCACCUCUGGCUGUGCUGGACAUUCGCCGCCAGUAGAACGGGUCUUAAAGCCAGCGGCUACUCUAAGUGCUGUUCAGACUCAAUUGGCCGAAGCACUCAGAGGUGUCAUUUUGCCCAGGGAUCUCUGUCACAAAUUUCUGCUGCUGGCAGAGGCAAAUACAGUAAGAGGAAUAGAGACAUGUGGAAUUCUCUGUGGAAAACUGACUCAUAAUGAAUUUACUAUUACGCAUGUAAUAGUGCCAAAGCAAACUGCAGGACCAGACUACUGUGACAUGGAGAACGUGGAAGAAUUAUUUGGUAUUCAGGAUCAGUAUGAUCUCCUCACUUUGGGUUGGAUCCAUACACAUCCAACACAAACUGCGUUCUUAUCCAGUGUUGAUCUUCAUACUCAUUGUUCUUAUCAGCUAAUGUUGCCUGAGGCCAUUGCAAUUGUUUGUUCACCAAAGCAUAAUGACACUGGCAUCUUCAGACUUACUAAUGCUGGCAUGCUAGAAGUUUCUGCUUGUAAAAAGAAGGGAUUCCAUCCACAUACAAAGGACCCUAGGUUAUUUAAUCCAUGUACUCAUGUGGUUGGGAAAGACAUAAAGAUAAUUGUGCUGGAUCUGAGGUGA